AUGACCACCUUCUCCCUCUACGACGCAACCAUCACCCCAGCCAAAGCAGCCCUCACCAGCCUCAAAGGAAUCCUCACCACCGCCCAACAACACCCCAACUCAUCCACCUUCAUCACAUCCCGAAUCUACGAAGACAUGAGACCACUCACCUUCCAAGUACACUACUCCACCGCGCAAGCCGACAAGAUGGCCUCCAAACUAUCCGGCCGAAAACCAACCGACCUUGAAGACAAUCUCAGCUCUUAUGCUGAAAUGCACGCCCGCAUUGACCAAGUUCUCACAUUACUAGCAGGAGUGGACAAGGACACCGUCAACACAAUCGGCGAGACUUCAGCUCCUACACCAAUCGGCCAGGACAGGGUGGAAGACGUCCCUCUCAAGAUCUUGGCUAUGGCGGCGCUUAUGCCGAACGUCUUCUUUCAUGUUACUAUGGCCUAUGCGAUUUUGAGAAAGGAAGGUGUGCCGUUAGGGAAACGAGAUUGGAGUAGGCCUUUUGUUAGUGACUACAUCUAA